GAGAUUUGCAAAGGUUGUACUUUCCUUCUGGUCGGAGCCUCUCAUCCACACUGUGGUUGCUUUCAGCUAUGUAACAUUUUUCGAUCCCAUGAAAUGGAAAUUGACCAGUGCUUGCUGGAGUCCCUCCCCCUGGGCCAAAGGCAGCGGCUGGUAAAACGCAUGCGCUGUGAACAAGUCAAAGCCUACUAUGAAAGAGAGAAGGCUUUUCAGAAGCAGGAGGGGCUCCUGAAAAAGCUGAAGCGUGGGAAGAAUCAAAAAGUUCAUUUUAACCUUGCUGACAUGAUACAGGAUGCAAUUAUCCACCAUGAUGACAAAGAAGCGCUGCGGCUCCUGAAGGAGGGCGCUGACCCGCACAUGCCCAUGUCUUCAGGAGGGACCCUGCUCCAUCUGUGUGCCCGGUAUGAUAAUGUCUUCAUUGCAGAGAUCCUGAUUGACAGAGGGGCCAAUGUCAACCACCAGGACGAAGAUUUUUGGACACCAAUGCACAUUGCCUGUGCAUGUGAUAACCCUGAUGUUGUCCUACUGCUUGUAUUAGCUGGAGCUAAUGCCCUUCUCCAGGACGUCAAUGGAAAUAUCCCACUCGACUAUGCCACGGAAGGGACAGAAUCGAGCUCCAUCCUAUUGACCUACCUGGAUGAAAAUGGAGUGGAUCUGACAUCACUGCGGCAGAUGAAGCUUCAGAGACCAAUGAGCAUGCUAACAGACGUCAAACACUUCUUGUCAUGUGGAGGAAAUGUUAAUGAGAAAAAUAAUGAUGGCGUAACACUGUUGCAUAUGGCAUGUGCAAGUGGCUACAAGGAAGUGGUAUGUCUUCUCCUGGAACAUGGCGGGGAUCUCAAUGUAGCAGAUAAUCAGUACUGGACCCCACUCCACUUGGCAGCAAAGUACGGCCAGGCAAACCUGGUGAAACUUCUUUUGAUGCAUCAGGCAAAUCCACACCUAUUGAACUGCAACGAGGAGAAGGCUUCAGAUGUUGCCGCAUCUGAGUUUAUUGAGGAAAUGCUGCUGAAAGCCGAGUCUGCCUGGGAAGGAAGAAUGCAAGAGCCUUCCUGUGUUCAGACCUUGGCCCAAGAGGAGCCCUAUGAAGAGAUCAUCCCUGACCUUCCAGCCCUUCCCAGCAAGCUCAGCCCCCUGGCAUUGCCAAUUGCCAAGCAAGACAGUAUGCUGGAAAAAGACAUUAUGUUCAAAGAUGCAACAAAAGGUCUGUGCAACGGACAAUCUCAGGACAGUACUCCCGAAAAUACCACCGUGAACGGCCCCACCAAACCUGAUCAGGUCGAGCUGAUGCCUCCCGCUCCAAACGAUGACCUGGCAACGCUCAGCCAGCUUACGGACAGCAGCCUGCUUUACGAAAUUCAGAAGCGCUUUGGGAACAAUCAGAUCUAUACUUUCAUUGGGGACAUCCUCCUGCUUGUUAAUCCAUUCAAGGAGAUUCCAAUUUAUUCCACCAUGGUCUCCCAGCUGUACCUGGGCAGUGCGGGGCAGCCCUGCCCCUCUCUGCCACCUCACAUUUUCUCCUGUGCGGAGAGAGCCUUCCACCAGCUUUUCCAGGAGCAGAGACCUCAGUGCUUCAUUCUCAGCAGUGAGAGAGGAUCUGGGAAGGCUGAAACCAGCAAACAAAUAAUGAGACACCUCGCCUGUAGGUCUGGUUCCAGCAGGCCUAUAUUCGAUUCCAAAUUUAAACAUGUCAUGAGCAUCUUAGAAGCCUUUGGACAUGCCAAGACCACUCUUAAUGACCUGUCCAGCUGCUUCAUAAAGUAUUUUGAACUACAGUUCUGUGAGAGGAAAAAACACUUAACUGGAGCCAGAAUUUAUACAUAUAUGCUAGAGAAAUCCAGACUUGUUUCACAACCUCUUGGCCAGAGCAAUUUUCUCAUCUUUUCCUUGUUGAUGGAUGGGUUAUCUGCUGAAGAGAAGUAUGGACUCCACCUGAACAAUUUAUGUGCCCAUCGGUAUUUGAGCAAGACCCUUCGACAACAAGUAUCAACAGCAGAGCAUUCUCUGAACAGGGAGAAAUUCGCUGUUUGGAAACAAGCCCUGAAUGUAAUUGGCUUCAGUAACUUGGAGGUGGAGAACGUGUGUCUGAUUCUAGCGGCCACAUUACACCUUGGAGACAUUCGGUUCACUGCUCUGACCGAGGCCGACUCCGCCUUUGUGUCUGACCUCCAGCUUCUGGAACAAGUGGCUGGAAUGUUGCAAGUAUCAACGGAUGAACUGGCAUCUGCUUUAACAACUGAUAUCCAAUAUUUUAAGGGAGAGAUGAUCACACGGCGACACACCGUAGAGAUGGCUGAAUUUUACCGGGACCUCCUGGCCAAGUCCCUGUACAGUCGUCUGUUCAGCUUUUUGGUGAAUACGGUGAAUUGUUACCUUCACAGUCAAGAGGAGCCCAGCAGCUCGCAGACAUGGGAUAUCGGAAUAUUGGACAUCUUUGGUUUUGAAGAAUUUCAGAAGAAUGAAUUUGAACAACUCUGUGUCAACAUGACCAAUGAGAAGAUGCACCACUAUAUCAAUGAAGUGCUUUUUCUACAGGAGCAAACAGAAUGUGUACAAGAGGGAGUUACCAUGGAAACGGCUUAUUCUCUUGGUAACCAGACUGGAGUUUUGGAUUUUUUUUUCCAGAAGCCUUCUGGAUUUCUCUCUUUACUGGAUGAAGAAAGUCAAAUGAUUUGGUCAAUGGAACCAAGUCUUCCCAAAAAGCUACACAGUCUUCUAGAAUCCUCAAACACAAAUGCAGUUUACUCCCCCAUGAAGGAUGGGAACGGGAACCUUGCCCUCAAAGACCAAGGCACAGCUUUCACCGUUAUGCACUACGCAGGACGGGUAAUGUAUGAAAUUGUUGGAGCAAUUGAAAAAAAUAAAGACUCCCUUUCACAGAAUCUUCUAUUUGUAAUGAAAACUAGUGAAAAUGUCAUGAUCAAUCAUUUGUUCCAGUCGAAACUGUCACCAACAGGAGCCCUCGUACCCUCCUCUCCUUCUUUUAAAUUCAGAGGACAUAAAUCUGCCUGGCUCAGUAAGAAAAUGACGCCUACUUCAAUGAUUGGAGAAAACAGGAAUUAUCUAGAACUUAGUAAGUUAUUAAAAAAGAAAGGAAAUUCUACAUUUCUUCAAAGACUAGAACGGGGAGGCCCGGCCACCAUUGCAUCGCAACUCAGGAAAACUCUGAUGGAUAUCACUGGAAAACUUCAGAAGUGCACUCCACACUUUAUUCAUUGCAUCAAGCCCAAUAACUCGAGGCUGCCAGAUACUUUUGAUAAUUUUUACGUGUCUGCUCAGCUGCAAUACAUUGGGGUCCUGGAGAUGGUGAAGAUCAUCAGACACGGAUACCCUGUCCGCCUUUCCUUCUCGGAGUUCCUGUCAAGGUAUAAGCCCUUGGCCGAGACCCUCCCGGACGACAAGAGGAUGCUGCCGGCCGAGGAGAGAUGCCGGCUGGCUCUGCAGCAGUGCCCGUUACCAGGCUGGCAGAUUGGUGUUCGAAAAGUAUUUCUGAAACACUGGCAUGCCAACCAGCUAAAUGAUUUGUGCCUACAGCUGCAGAGAAAAAUUAUCACCUGCCAAAAAGUUAUCAGAGGAUUUUUAGCACGCCAGCACUUGCAUCGGAAAAGGAGCAUUAGGCAGCAAGAGGUCACAUCCAUCAACAGCUUCCUGCAGAUUACAGAGGACCUGGGGCUUAAGACCUAUGACGCCCUGGUCGUUCAGAAUGCCUCGGACAUUGCCCGUGAGAAUGACCGGCUCCGGAACGUAAUGAACGCUACUUUCCACAAAGAGAAGUUGGAGGCCAGGAACAAGCAAGAGGAAGGAACCAAAAGAGCUGAAGACAAGGGUGGACCCAGGCGCCUCCACUGCAGCUUCGUCCCAGUGCCCAUGGCGGUAGACAGCCUGGUCCAGUCCCAGGCUGGCCCAUCCACCCCGUCUCCUCCUCUGCACUCGGUGCUCAGCCUGGAUGACAGCAGCGGCCUCCCAUCACCACGGAAACAGCCUCCACCCAAGCCAAAGAGGGACCCCACCACGCGGCUGAGCGCCUCCUAUGAGGCCGUGAGCGCCUGCCUGUGGGCUGUCACCAAGGACUCCUCCAAUGAAGAUGGUCUCUCCACCCAGUUUGUGCAGCCUGGCAGCUUCAGGGUAGCUGGACUUCUUACGUGGACAAUCAAUGUGUCCCCAGUGCCUGCUCCAGGAAAGAGAACGCCGGGCGGUCACUCUCUUACCUUUGACGAGCAGCCUUGGAAGCCACACAGCAUCACUUCCACCACUGCCACCAGACAGUCUCAAAGGCACAUCCAGGUUGAGGAAGGAUUUAGUCCUGGUGCCCGGAAGUUAUUUUCCAUGGCCAUUAGGUCCGUGCUACGGAAUCUUGGCUCACCUUUGAUUAUUAUUUCGUCGUCCACAAGAGGUGACAUGUUUGGGGCUGGUCGUUUUCUCAGCCUGAUUCCUGCUCAUAAAAUUUUGAAGCACCAGAGCCUCUUAUUUUGUAUUGAUCAUACCUCUUUCAACGCAGCUGAUACAAUUCUUUUAAAAGCUUUGCCCCUCCCCUCGGAGGACGGCGACGCCGGCGGGCCCUGCCGGGACGCGUGCGACAUCCCCGCGCCCUUCCCCGACCUGCUGCCGCACCGGCCCCCCCUCCUCGUGUUCCCGCCGACGCCGGUCACCUGCUCCCCGGCGUCCGACGAGUCGCCCUUGACUCCCCUGGAGGUGAAGAGGCUGCCGGUCCUGGAGACCAGCCUCAGGUACCCCGUGCAGCCCGAGGGCGCCGGCCCCCCGUCCCCGCAGCACCCCAAAGCCCCAGAGGGCGACGGCGACCGGCCCGCGUUCGCCGGGCCGCACGGAGCCUCCCGUCCCCCCACGCCCGCCGCCGCCGCCCCCCGGCCGCCCGCGCACUUCACCUCCGCGCCCGAGCCCGGCGCGGGGAGGCCGGCGGAGCCGCCCCGGGGCCCCCCGAGGCCCACCUCGGCCCCCGCGGGCGCGCCCUGCAGCCCCGGCCCCAGGAGCCCGCACCCCGCCGGGAAGGCGGCCCGGGCCGAGCCCCGGAAGGCCGCCCCCGGCGCCCCCUCUCCGGCCGCCUACAGCCCCCCGAACUGCAGGCCUGUGGGCAGCCCCCUGGACGAGCUGGCCAGCCUCUUCAGCUCGGGAAGGAGCGUGCUCCGGAGGUCGGCGGCGGGCCGGAGGAUCCGCGAAGCCGAAGGUUUUGAAACUAACAUGAACCUUACUAGCCGAGAUGAUCUUGGUACAUCAGAAAUUGCAUCAGAGACCCAAGAUAGAAAUGCAAAUAACCAUGGGAUUCAAUUAUCUAAUUCACUCUCCAGCGCGAUCACUGCUGAAAAUGGAAAUUCCGUCGCAAACGGUUUACCUGAAGACGAUGGAUUAUCCAGGUUGUCUGGGAGUGGGACCUCCUCCCUUCAGAGACAUAGAGAGAGUCACACCACUCAGGUAAUCCAUCAGCUGAGGCUGUCCGAGAAUGAGAGCGUGGCCCUUCGGGAGCUCCUGGACUGGAGGCGGAAGCUCUGCGAGGAGAGAGGAGACUGGCCACAGAUCCUACGCCAUGCGGAGCCCAGGGCACCUCCGCCACCUCCGUGCAAGAAGCCCACACUCCUGAAGAAGCCCGAGGGGGCCUCCUGCGGCAGGCCGCCCCCCAAGUUCUGGGACACUACCCUGUGA